AGAGGCGAAGAAGAAAUCUCCAGCUGGACACGGGGCCCCAGAAUCCUGGCCACAGACUCAGAACUUUUGCAGGUCGUGCCACGAUGGUCCUCCCGCCCCCUCUUCGCUCCCAAGUCCCCGCGCAGCACAGGGCUUUGCCUUUCCCGCCGCAGGAAUGGGGAAUAGGGGGUGCGUGCAGCGGCAGGUGCAGAAAGGCGCCUGGCUUCCUAGAGUGGUGACCGGAGGAAUUUCUUUCCGUCUUCCAGUUUAACGCCGGAGAGAUGCUGUCUCCAGACUAAUGAACUCAGGUGCCUCCUGAAGCUUGAAAGUGGAGGAAUUCAGAGCCACGGGGGGUAGGCAGAUGGCGCAUCUGGAGGCAUGUGUCGUCUGAGAGGUGAGUGCUGCUUGUAAAAAGAGUUCUGUCCGGAAAGAGCCGUAAGCAGUACCUUGGACCCCAGGCACCCGCCCCAGUACCCUGCUGCAACGGGAGUGUGUGCACAGAGAGGAGGGCUUUGCCGCCUCGCUGCGAAAUGGAUAACGUCCUCCCGGGGGACUCAGACCUCUUCCCAAACAUCUCCACGAACACCUCGGAGCCCAACCAGUUUGUGCAGCCCGCCUGGCGAAUUGUCCUCUGGGCGGCUGCCUACACGGUCAUCGUAGUGGCCUCCGUGGUGGGCAACGUGGUGGUGAUGUGGAUCAUCUUGGCCCACAAGAGAAUGAGGACAGUGACCAACUAUUUCCUGGUGAACCUGGCCUUCGCGGAGGCCUCCAUGGCUGCGUUCAACACGGUGGUGAACUUCACCUACGCCGUCCACAAUGUGUGGUACUACGGCCUGUUCUACUGCAAGUUUCACAACUUCUUCCCCAUCGCUGCUGUCUUUGCCAGUAUCUACUCCAUGACGGCUGUGGCCUUCGACAGGUACAUGGCCAUCAUUCAUCCCCUCCAGCCCCGGCUGUCCGCCACGGCCACCAAAGUGGUCAUCUGUGUCAUCUGGGUCCUGGCUCUCCUGCUUGCCUUCCCCCAGGGUUACUACUCAACCACAGAGACCAUGCCCAGCAGAGUCGUGUGCUUGAUCAAAUGGCCGGAGCAUCCCAACAAGAUUUAUGAGAAAGUGUACCACAUCUGCGUGACUGUGCUGAGCUACUUUCUCCCCCUGCUGGUGAUCGGCUACGCCUACACCGUAGUGGGAAUCACGCUGUGGGCCAGCGAGAUCCCCGGGGACUCCUCCCACCGGUACCAGGAGCAAGUCUCCGCCAAGCGCAAGGUGGUCAAAAUGAUGAUAGUUGUGGUGUGCACCUUUGCCAUCUGCUGGCUGCCCUUCCACAUCUUCUUCCUCCUGCCCUACAUCAACCCGGAUCUCUACCUGAAGAAGUUUAUCCAGCAGGUCUACCUGGCCAUCAUGUGGCUGGCCAUGAGCUCCACCAUGUACAACCCCAUUAUCUACUGCUGCCUCAAUGACAGGUUUCGUCUGGGCUUCAAGCACGCCUUCCGGUGCUGCCCCUUCAUCAGCGCCGGCGACUACGAGGGGCUCGAAAUGAAAUCUACCCAAUACCUCCAGACCCAGGGCAGUGUGUAUAAAGUCAGCCGCCUGGAGACCACCAUCUCCACAGUGGUGGGGGCCCAUGAGGAGGAGCUGGAGGAUGGUCCCAAGGCCACGCCCUCAUCGCUGGACCUGACCUCCAACGACUCCUCGCGCAGCGACUCCAAGACUAUGACCGAGAGCUUCAGCUUCUCCUCCAGCGUGCUCUCCUAAGCCAUUGGGUUUGCAGCAGGCACAACCCCCACCGUCUUUGUCCUGAUUCACUUCAUGCAUGAAUACGUCUUGACGCGGAGACCAUCAGAAACACCCAAACACUGGAGCUCGUGGAAAGGGUCAGAACAAUUUAGAGAAAACACUCCCUCCUGGAGCCAACAAUUCUGUAUCCUUUCGUCUUUGCCAUGCCCAUGUGGUGUUCUUAAAGCAAAUCAUUGAACUCUGCUGAACCUGUAAAAUUAGAAGCUUGAUCUGGGUUUUUCCCAGAGCCCAUUCCAUGAUUCUGGAAGUGACUUUGGCUGCACGUGGGUACUCGUUUCGGGUGAAAUCUACAGCAUAGCUACAGACCUAACAGACCCAUUUGCAUGGAGCCCAUCUUAUUUCAAUAAGGUUGUUCUUAGUCACACUCAGUUUGGCCUCCUGCAGCUGGUAGCCCUCAUCACAGCAGCCUGCGCUUGGCAGGGUGAACAAAAGAUACCACAUAACACCUGAAUGAAAGAUUUAGGCCUGUCU